UUUACAGGAAAUGGUCGAGUAAAGCAGAAGUGACGUCGGGAAGUACCAGGUUUUUCAAGCUCGCCCGCUGCACGCGCUCCAUUCCUCGCGGGACAGACGCUUUAAAAGGAGCAGGUGACGCAUUACGCACGGACAAACCUCACCACACUCAACGUAUACAACAUGUUUCUCUCUAUUUGCUGCGUGUUUCUCAUCUGCAGUUUGAAGGUGCUGACUGCUGCAGAUCCGGUGUGUGACCCAGAGACACAGUAUCUGCUAAAUGGACAGUGCUGUUUAAAGUGUAAACCAGGGACCAGCAUGCAGACCAACAUGUGUACUAAUCCUGUGUGCAAAGAGUGUGAUGAAAACGAAUACAUGGACAAGUACAACACUGAGCCCCUGUGUGAACGACAGCCGUACUGUGACCCCAAUCAGAAUUUCGAGUUUCCUAAGAGCACCAGUAAAACAAAGAGAUUCACGUGUUUGUGCAGAGAAGGUUUCCACUGCUCCAGCCAGACCUGCCUCACCUGUGUCGCACAUACAGAGUGUGAGCCAGGCUAUGGAGCAAAGACUACAGGAGGACAGACUAGGGACACCCAGUGUGAAAAAUGCCCUGAUGGGACAUUCUCCGAUGAAAAGUCCUGGAACAGCACCUGUAAAAAAAUGACUGAGUGUCAAUCUGGAUAUGAUCCACAAGGGGGAAGCAGUGAGUCUGAUAAUCUCUGUGUGCCUCAUAAUCGCGGACACAUCGGGGUGAUCUGUACAGUUAUUAUUGUUCCGAUUGUCUUGGGCCUUGCAGUGUUUCUCUACUGCAGAUGUAAAAAUAAAACUGGAUAUAAAUUAGCGAAGAUGCCGGUUUAUAACAAUGAUGGAGUUUACCAACAUGCAGAGGAAGAGGAGACGAGGGACGAGAAAGAGAAAAAGACUCAAGUUAUCACAAAUCCCUCAGACGACAUGGAGUCCUUUUACACAUCGGAAGAGACCGGUUCCACCUACAUCAGCACCAUACCCGUGGAGUCCGAGUAUCUGCCGAGCCCUACUCAAGUGCUCACCGCAAACGGAAAUCUUCUGUCCCAGGACAACAAAGAGCAUACCGCCCCAACACCAGAAACUCUAGGAAUGAACGGUGGCUCACAUGUUACAGUAAUACAAAACUAAGGACUGUACCACUUUAAACGCACACACUAGCAUCAUGGCUUAUGUGUAGUCGUUCUGCGCAUGUCCCAGGCCCGCAAACUCAUAGAACUGAAGUUACAUUAUUAACUAACCAUCAUUUUUUACUUUUAGUCCAGUCGUCUCUCAAUAACAAGUUUUGAAUGUGCGCUAUAUUCCUGCAGAAAAUAUACACAACAAACGAUAACAAUGAAAUUAUUCCCAAAAUUGUCAAACAGUAAUAAUUAUCUUGACAUAUAUAUGGGAUAAUCAUUUACCAGUUACUAAUCGAUAUGAUACUAAAGCUUAUAUCAAAACUACAUACUCGUUUGAAAUAUUUGGAAAGAGACAAACAAAAUGACUCCAAUCUGCACACAUGAGGAAAAUGAUUUUGUGUUUGUAAAAUCCUUAGGUCCGUUAAAACUGGCAAAGGCCAAAAUCGCAAACUGAACCGUGCAAUUAUUUAUUAUGAAUGAUGUGAAAAUCUUGUGUCGUUCUCGUGGACACAUAGACUGUAUAUAUAAAUGUACAUAGCUAACCUGCUAGUUCCAAAUAGGAAGUGAUCAUGGGUGAACUUCUGGCUUCAAUUCACUUUACGUUGAAACAUUUCCCAUCCCUCUCCCUGUACCUGCUGCAGUGAGUCAUCAUUUUGAUCUUAAAAUGUUCAUAUUAACCCGCUGUGCAUGGUUCUGGCAUUUUUAUUUCGCCAUUUUGUCCAUAAAUCAAUAUAUGAACAUUAAUAACAGACAAAUCAGGCGCCUUCUUUCCGAGAGGUCGCUCGCACUAGCGUUAGCAACAGGCUUGGUUGACAGUGUUGCUAAGUGCUCACUCCCUGCUAAACCAUCGGUGCAGCAGAAAGAGUCGUUACCUUCAACAGCCUGGCUCCGGAUUGGCUCUUUGGUUGCUAUGAUACUCACGGUCGGUACUCGGCUCCAGAUUCGCCCCUGUAACUGCUAUCCACGAUGAGCUUCAUUUGUCUGGAGCCAAACACUAUAGGCGACGUCACACUCACUUAGUCCACUUCUUUAUACAGUCUGUGCAUGGACCCACUCUUGUGUCCCCUCUCAGUUUGUUUGAUUUCUGUCACAUCCCUAGUUUGCAGCACUAUGAAUAGAUUCUACACAUUAUCAAUCUGGAACAGCUCUCCCUAAAAGCCAUCGGAAAAUACAAAACAUGACGAUUAUUUGACUCGUAUAGGAUAGGACAGAUUUUUUUUUACCUGUCCUUAAAACGUUCUGAAGGCUAAUUUUGUGACAUUCCCAUUCUUACCAGUAGGGGGCGACAGGCAAAAGCACUAAUGACAAUCCAAGCGUUCAGAUCAAUGAGUAAAAUCACUGCUAAUCGAAGGAAGACAAUUGUGCAUAUUUAAGUUAUGAAAUAUUAAUUCAAAUAUGUCAAAAAAGUAUCAAACGCGUAGCACUUUGAAGUACUUUGUGUUCAGAUCAUGGGCUGUAUAUAUAAUUCCUCUUCUAUAUAUAGUCUAUGGUGUGGACUGUGCUCUAUAAACAUAAACUCACAUGUACAUCAUCGGAGUAGUACAAUAUGCUUUUUACAAAAUUCACGUGAACCUCCUCGAUCAUGAACUGUGAAUACUAUUAAACAAAGAAGGCCACGUUUAGAAGCUACUUUGUACUGCUUUAUAAAUAUAUUUUUUAAAGUGUUAUCAUGACACGAAGUUAUGAAAUGUGAACGCACUAAAGUCAUUGUGAAGUGUUUCGUGAAGUAUUGUUGUACAUAUCUGUGUGUAGUUUGUAUAUGUGGAUAUGUAUUAAAAUGUGGAGUAAGUA